ACUCUUCCUGCUUCUACCGACCGGACACGACAGGCUCGCAACGUCCGUGGCUUGGCGCGCAAUUCAAGUCUGCAGAUUGACCGCGUAUCUGGCAUACAUAGCGGUAUCGCGCCCCCGACACUGUUCACAGCCCGCAAACAAAGGGUGUCGCAAUCACAACAACCGCCACGAUGGGGUCGAUAGGCACAUAUUUCCUCGACGUCGUCUACUCCCUUACAAACUGCAUGGUGUGCUUCCCAAGCUCACCGCAGCUCAAAGUCAACAGUCGCAGCUUCAAGAUCCUGCGGUUGCUGGGCGAGGGGGGCUUCUCCUACGUAUAUCUCGUGCAAGAUAAUUCCAACCAGCAACUUCUUGCGCUCAAGAAGAUACGAUGUCCCUUUGGGCAAGAAAGCGUCAGUCUCGCGCUGAAAGAGGUCGAGGCAUACUCACUCUUUGCGCCACACCCGAACAUCAUCCACUCGAUCGACUACUCUGUUGAGACUGACAAGUCGGACCCGUCUGCGAAGACUGUGUACAUCCUUCUUCCAUACUACCGCCGCGGCAACCUACAAGACAUGAUCAAUGCGAAUCUAGUCAACCACACAAAGUUCCCGGAGCGGAGGCUGAUGGUGCUUUUUCUGGGUGUCUGCAAAGCUCUCAAGGCGAUGCAUCAAUACAAGGUGAAGGGAGGGCCCGGUGGUGCGCGGAGUGACGGCAAGGCGAAGAAGGUCAGGAGAGAUGCCAAGAGGGCAGACGCGGAAGCUGCGGAAAGUAUGGAGAUGCGCCCGAGCCGACGGAAUCGCGAUCAUGAGGACGAUGACGAGCUGGAAGCGGAAGGAUUGCUCGAGGAGUCCGAGGUCACAGCAGCGCAUGAAGGCAUUGCGCCUGGUGGAGAGAGAGCAUACGCGCACAGGGACAUUAAGCCAGGAAACAUCAUGAUAGACGAUGACGGCAAGACACCCAUCUUGAUGGAUCUCGGCUCCCUCGCGCCCUCUCCAACCCCUAUAACAUCGCGCUCGCUUGCGCUGCAGGUCCAAGACACUGCCGCCGAACACUCGACAAUGCCGUACCGUGCGCCCGAACUAUUCGAUGUCAAGACGGGCUCCGUCAUCGACACCAAGGUGGACAUCUGGUCGUUGGGUUGCACAUUAUACGCCUGUCUUGUAGGCAAGAGUCCUUUUGAGGCACGGUCAGAUGAGACAGGUGGCAGUCUAAGUAUAUGUGUGCUCGGCGGUGAUUGGAGAUUUCCAGACGAGGGUGUGCAAAGGGGCAAGCAAAAGGCUAACGCUGAGGACGCCGUCUCGGACAGCGUAAAAGAGGUGGUGCGAAAGUGCUUGAAACUGGAACCGAGUGAACGACCCGACGUUGACGAGUUGAUUAGCAUCGUGGAAGACGUGCUGAAAGAGCUACCGGAAGAUGGAUCGGAUGACUAAAUGGGGUGUGCUUGGAAUGACGCUGGACUGACGGUAUGGUCUUGUCGCGUGGCGUGUGUUGGCUUUCCUGUGUCUCGGGUGGUGGAGUAUCCAUCUUUCAUGGAUGGAAAAUGCCUUGAUAUUACAAUAUACCCGGUUCAUGUCUUGGCUUGAUUGGAUAUUUGUCGCGACGGAACGCUUGAGUUGAAGAAAGCAUGUGAGGGCGAACAUGUGACAGAGGCGGCUAAUCGCAAAAGGGAAUCCACC